GUGACGCCACUUCCCUGAGCUGGGCUGAAAAUGAAGGCGGCCAUGUUGUAGCUAGUGGAGAAGCGGGGCAGUGACUGUGUGAAAAUCCUUCUUAUUUAAUGAAGUGAACCAGCUCUGCUGCUGAGCCUUGUCUGACACCCGAACCGGACCGGACGGGGUCUAGGGACGGAGAUCUGUUCACUUUAGCUGUAAUCUCGCCGACCUCUGGGCCAGAAUGAGCGGAGGGACCCCGUACAUCGGGAGCAAAAUCAGCCUGAUCUCCAAGGCCGAGAUCCGCUAUGAGGGCAUCCUCUACACCAUCGACACAGAGAACUCCACGGUCGCCCUGGCUAAGGUGCGCUCCUUUGGAACCGAGGAUCGCCCCACAGACAGACCUAUACUGCCUAGGGAUGAGACCUAUGAGUACAUCAUCUUCAGAGGCAGUGACAUAAAAGAUCUGACAGUUUGUGAACCUCCCAAACCAACUUUGCCUCAGGACCCAGCCAUUGUUCAGUCAUCUAUGGGAUCUUCUUCCGCUCCAUCUUCUUUCCAUUCUGGAAACUCGUACGGGCUGUUUAAAAGGGCUCCAGUCUCCCCAUAUAGCCAGUUCACUGCCAGCCCAUUGGUUUCACCCCCAUUUGGUGCUGUUGGAGCUCGCAGCAGUCCUCCACUGGAGUCCUUGCCGAAGAGCCCCCCGCUGGAAUCUGCUGCACCAUCAGCCGCUUCUGUCAGCGCCACUGCACCUGCACUGGUUGGCCGAAGGAGCCCCAUUGCAGCACGCCUCACUGCACCUGGUAGCCAGAAGCCCCUGGACAUCCCAGAGCAGAGGAGGGGUGAGGGCCAGCCUAGGCUAUGGUCAGGACUCAGGCAUGCUGCAGGAAAUGAGGCUAGUGUAGUUCGCUCAAGCUAUCAUUCAGCAGGCACUGAUGCGCCAAAAGUGGCCCCCCGACAAGAGUCUGAUCAGUCCAGAGCUGAAAACAAGGAUGCCUCUAAGCGGCAAGCAGCUACAGGCCCUCCAGCUCCCCGUCGUGGUCGUGGAGGAGGACAUCGUGGGAGAGGGCGUUUCCCUGUGAGAAGAGACGGACCAAUGAAGUUUGAGAAAGAUUUUGACUUUGAAAGCGCUAAUGCCCAGUUUAACAAGGAGGAGAUUGACAAGGAAUUUCAGAGCAAACUGAAGUUGAAGGAUGAAAAGACUGAGAAAGCUGUAAACGGGGAAGAUAAAGGUGACUCUGGGGUGGAUACUCAGAAUAGUGAAGGCAAUGCUGAAGAGGAGGAUCCACUAGGCCCCAACUGCUAUUAUGACAAGUCCAAGUCGUUCUUUGACAACAUCUCCUGUGACGACAUUAGGGAGAGGAGGCAGACCUGGGCAGAGGAAAGGCGGAUGAAUGCUGAGACGUUUGGGCUCCCGCUACGUCAUGGUAGAGGGCGCGGAGGGUACAGAGGUCGUGGAGGCAUGGGCUUCCGCAACAACCGCGGUCGUGGAGCUGGACGGGGGUCGUUUGGCGGCUCGCACAUGGGUGGUGGCGGCUACAGAGGCGGGUUCAGAGGAGGACAAGGAGGAAGGGAGUUCUCAGAUUUUGAAUACAGGAAGGACAACAAAGUAGCUGCAUAGUGCAAAUGGGAGCUGGGUCCACCAGAAGAUUGAACUACGUUUUUGGUCACUACUUUUGACAACAGGAAUGAAUAAAAAUUUGUAGAUGUAUAUUUGUCACCAGCACUGGUAUAGACCACUUAAAAGGUGGAUGUAAAUGCAAGUUUUUCCAUGUCUUCUUAAGAAUUGGAAAUGUUUCUGCCUUUUGAAAUGUUAAUCUGACAAGAAUAGUUCCAGAUGGUUGAAUUUGAGUAUAUGCAUGUUUCAGAGGGACGUAAGGUUUUCUUUUUGUUUAUUUGUUUAUUUUUGGGUUUUUCACUACUAAACUUGUAAUAGCUGUAUAGUAAAAGUGUACAUAUGCCCACAUACUGUGAGUACUUUGAUCACUGAAAUAGCUUUAUAUUAUUAUUAUUAUUAUUAUUAUUAAUUAUUAUUUUUAUUAUUAGUCUAAAUAUAAGUUCCCACU